ACGUGACCAAAAAUAAUCACAUGGUACGAAAAUGGCACCUUCCGCAGUCGGCAGUUUCGUUGCCCUAGGUAUCUUUGUAGUAUUUUGUGGCGUCAGUUGCUACCCUGAUGUACUAAGAAAACCACCACAGUAUACCAUCAACUUAGACCUACCUGAGGAAGACAGAUGGACUAAUGUUGUCAAGGACUAUCAUCAGAUUGUACCUGAUGUUUACAACGUUCUGAAGUCAUACUUGGGCAAUUUUCCAUUUGCCAACCUGACAAUAAAGGCAAUCGAGGCGGUAGCUGCCGACAUUGACAACUUUUUGCCAAAGCCAUAUGCUGGAGAAAUGAGAGGAAUAGCGAAGGCUCUAAACAUGAAUCUGGGAGGCAUUGUUGGGAUGAACAUAUUGUACGACGUCUCAGCGUUUUGCACCAGUAUCGUGACACAAGAUGCCAAAGGACAGAUCUGGCACUCUCGUAACCUUGACUACAGCUUUGGGGACAUGCUACGAAAUAUUACCAUUAGAGUAGACUUCACAAAAAAGAAUCAGACAGUCUACAGCGGAGUGACGUACGCUGGGUAUGUAGGACUAAUUACAGGAAUCAGACCUAGAGGCUUCACAAUGACUUUGGAUGAAAGAGAUCAGGGUGCUUGGUGGGAAAACUUUAUCAUUGGAUUACUGGACAGGAGAGCCAUGCCCAUCAGCUUCUUAAUGAGAGAUACAUUUACUGAGUGUAGUAAUUUUACGGAGGCUGUUAAUAAAAUGGCUUACACCUCCACUGAGGCCUCGGGUUAUGUCAUCGUCGGUGGGGUCCAAAAGGGAGAGGGAAUGGUCAUUACCAAGGGAAGACUUGGGCCGGUGGAUCUGUGGAAACUGGACCCUGCCAAUGGAAGAUGGUUUGAAGUGGAAACAAACUAUGACCACUGGGUUGCCCCUCCAAAGAGUGAUGAUAGAAGAGACCCAGCAGUAAAAUUAAUGAAUGAGAUUGGACCCAAAAAUAUCACAGUGGAUACACUCAUGUCUGUGAUGUCACUUCCUCCUGUACUCAACAACCACACUACAUACACCAUUAUUAUGUCUGCUGCCAAACCAGAGCUGACCUCAGUAUGGAUUCGUGACUACCAUGGCUAAUAGUCCUCACAUUGAAGACUGGAAUACAGAGGACGGUCAUCCUGAAAAGAAUAUGAAGGAAAGGCUCACACUCCUUAACGCUGAAUAUCACUCAAAUGAAAGCUUUCAAUAUUGGUGUUAGAGAAGAAAAGUUUUGUUUCUAAGUUCUGAAAUAUCCAUAGAUUACUUGUAUAUUUGUAAUUGACAUGAUAUACUUGUUUUAUUUUUAUUUAAAUGUAUUUUAUCUAUUACAUGAAUAUGAUUUUGAAACUAUUGUUAUUGACCACGAAUGGUGCUAAAUCAACAGAAUGAAACACUGUUUGCUCAAUACUCACUUCAAUUACAAUCAAAGACUGGUAACAUUUUCUAUAUGCUACUCUCUGUAUAACAGUAAUGUAUACAUUCCAAAUUUGUAUAUUUUCUGAUCACUUUAAAAUAUGUUGCACUAAACUUUUUUUGACUUAUCCUAGAAAUAAACCAUAUACAGUGUAAUUUUUUCAAAAUAUCAGAGUAUCUUUUACGGAGAUGAUUAGACAAGUCGCUAUUCAUAUUGUUAUAAAGCAUAUCUGUGAUAAAGUGAAGGAGAUGUCCUGUGAAACCAGAAUUGAUUCAUGCAGUCUGACGGAAAUAAGAUAUGUCAUCCACUCCCAUACAUAGUACAAUGUAUGUUGCUACAAGUAUCAAUAUAAGCGUAUUUGGGAGCAGAUCAAAAGUAGGAAUUGAAUUAAACCACAAUGUAGCUCUUUGGGAAAUACCUGCUUUAUCCCAAUUUCUCCCCAAAAAUGCAGUUUUGCAGCUAGUAUGGAAGAAAAUUGAUUUAAUUAUAUGUACUAGUCAACUAUAUUUUUGUUGGGGGGGGGUGUAUCUGCAGACUUACUUUGGUAGUAGGUACAUUUUGGAGUCCUUCAUGCAUUUGGCAAAGUAUUAAUUCUUGAAUUUCAGUGUCAUGUAAAUUUUGCUGUCUACUGAUUUAUGACCAACACUAAGAUAUAUCUAUUAUUGUACAAUUCAUUAUUUUUAAUAUUAUAACAAAAUAUGCCAGCACAAAGUAAUUGAUGAAUUCUCCAAAUAGCCUGUGAUGUACAACACUGCAUAAGAAUUAAUGUCUUAAAAUUAGUACUUACACAUACAAUGUAUUAUGUUUGAAUUUACAUGCUAGUAUUUUGGAAAUUCAUUGAAGAUUUUCUGGUUUUACUCUACAUUUGGUGUCACAUUUUCUUGUACACCAUUUCAAAUGUUCUCUGUUACCUAUUUGCAUUGAAGAAAUAAAAAUAGAAUGAUGAUUCA